GUAGUACGUAAAGGACUGUCGACGUGUGACGUCACCAUCACAGAGCGCCACAAGAGAAUCAACAAACUUGCGCGAGCAAAAUCGGCCACGAUAUUUCCCGGUUACAUUCGUCGUGUAAAAAGUGAGGGAGUAGGGUGAGGAGGAAAGGACGGACCACACUCAUCAGGAAUUAGGAAUACCGAUAGUGCAAAAUUAAUAAAACCUGUGGUUAUAUUGAUAACAAAGUGCGUGGUGACGUGUAGACGUAGCGUAGCGAAGUCUCCGACGGCUAUACUGUUGUCAAGAUGGCGUCCAAGGGAAAACUAGCGACCGAGCAUGGCCGCUCAGAUUCGUACAGGGUCGCUACGCUACCCAACAUUCGUGACGACAACAAAACUGCUGACGGAUUGUUCAAGUCGCGGCGGAAGAACCCAAAGCGGAAGGGGGACAAUUUGGAUGACCUGAAGCAGGAGUUGGACAUUGACUUCCACAAAAUCUCCCUGGAGGAGCUCUACCAGAGAUUUAGCACACACCCCGAAAACGGCCUUAGCCACGCAAAAGCAAAAGAGAAUCUGGAGAGGGACGGACCCAAUGCCCUGACCCCACCUAAACAGACGCCGGAAUGGGUUAAAUUCUGCAAGAACCUCUUCGGCGGUUUCGCCCUGCUGCUGUGGAUCGGCGCGAUCCUCUGCUUCAUCGCGUACUCGAUCCAAGCGUCGACGAGCGAGGAUCCAAACGACGACAACCUCUACCUGGGAAUCGUGUUGGCCGCGGUGGUCAUAGUGACAGGCAUAUUCUCCUAUUAUCAAGAAAGCAAGUCCAGUAAGAUCAUGGAGUCGUUCAAGAACAUGGUACCGCAAUUCGCGACUGUGCUGAGAGAAGGAGAGAAGCUGACCUUGCGCGCGGAGGACCUGGUGCUCGGCGACGUGGUGGAAGUGAAAUUCGGCGAUCGUAUACCAGCCGACAUAAGGAUCAUCGAGUCACGUGGCUUCAAGGUGGACAACAGCUCCCUCACGGGCGAAUCCGAACCCCAGUCCAGGUCGCCGGAGUUCACGAACGAGAAUCCUCUGGAGACGAAGAACCUCGCUUUCUUCUCUACGAACGCGGUCGAAGGCACGGCUAAAGGUGUGGUGAUCUGCUGUGGUGAUCAGACAGUAAUGGGAAGGAUUGCUGGCUUAGCAUCUGGCCUUGACACUGGAGAGACUCCGAUCGCCAAGGAGAUUCAUCACUUCAUCCAUUUGAUCACGGGAGUUGCCGUAUUCCUGGGAGUGACCUUCUUCCUUAUUGCCUUCAUCCUUGGUUACCAUUGGCUCGAUGCCGUUAUCUUCCUUAUUGGUAUCAUCGUUGCGAACGUGCCCGAAGGUUUGCUUGCUACCGUCACGGUGUGCCUGACGCUGACCGCCAAGAGGAUGGCCUCCAAGAACUGCUUGGUCAAGAAUCUGGAAGCUGUCGAGACCCUCGGCUCCACCUCGACCAUCUGCUCGGACAAGACUGGCACCCUCACACAGAACAGAAUGACCGUCGCCCACAUGUGGUUCGAUAAUCAGAUAAUCGAAGCUGACACUACCGAAGAUCAAUCUGGUGUUCAGUACGACAGGACGAGCCCGGGAUUCAAGGCCCUGGCGAAGAUCGCAACCCUUUGCAACAGGGCAGAGUUCAAGUCAGGUCAGGACGGUGAGCCCAUCCUGAAGAGGGAGGUUAACGGUGACGCUUCUGAAGCUGCUCUACUCAAGUGUAUGGAACUUGCCCUCGGCGACGUCAUGGGAAUUCGUAAGCGCAACAAGAAAGUCUGCGAGGUCCCCUUCAACUCGACGAACAAGUACCAGGUGUCGAUACACGAAACCGAUGAUCCUAAUGAUCCACGUUAUCUUCUCGUGAUGAAGGGUGCACCAGAGAGAAUCCUUGACCGGUGCUCCACCAUCUUCAUCGGCGGCAAGGAGAAGGUCCUCGACGAAGAGAUGAAGGAGGCCUUCAACAAUGCCUACCUCGAGCUCGGAGGUCUCGGCGAGCGUGUCCUCGGCUUCUGCGACUUCAUGCUCCCGUCUGACAAGUUCCCCAUUGGCUUCAAAUUCAACAGCGACGAUCCCAACUUCCCGUGCGAGGGACUCCGCUUUGUGGGACUCAUGUCCAUGAUCGACCCGCCCAGGGCUGCGGUGCCGGACGCAGUUGCCAAGUGUCGUUCGGCUGGUAUCAAGGUCAUCAUGGUGACCGGUGACCAUCCUAUCACUGCCAAAGCCAUUGCCAAAUCCGUUGGCAUUAUCUCUGAAGGUAAUGAAACUAUCGAGGACAUUGCUCAGCGUCUGAACAUUCCCGUGUCUGAAGUGAAUCCACGCGAAGCGAAAGCUGCCGUUGUCCAUGGAACCGAACUCAGGGAACUCAAUUCCGACCAACUGGACGAGAUCCUCAGGUACCACACCGAAAUUGUGUUCGCGCGUACCUCGCCCCAGCAAAAGCUCAUCAUCGUAGAAGGCUGCCAGCGAAUGGGCGCCAUUGUUGCCGUAACAGGUGACGGUGUCAACGACUCGCCCGCUUUGAAGAAGGCCGACAUUGGCGUUGCCAUGGGUAUCGCCGGGUCCGACGUAUCCAAACAGGCAGCCGACAUGAUUCUUCUCGAUGAUAAUUUCGCCUCCAUUGUCACCGGCGUCGAAGAGGGCCGUUUGAUCUUCGACAACCUCAAGAAGUCUAUCGCCUACACCCUGACCUCCAACAUCCCUGAAAUCUCGCCUUUCCUGGCGUUCAUCUUGUGCGACAUCCCUCUGCCACUCGGAACCGUCACCAUUCUUUGCAUCGACUUGGGAACCGACAUGGUACCCGCGAUCUCCUUGGCGUACGAACUUGCGGAGUCCGACAUUAUGAAGAGGAGGCCACGAGAUCCUUACCGCGACAACCUCGUCAACGAAAGGCUGAUUUCGAUGGCGUAUGGACAAAUUGGCAUGAUCCAAGCAGCGGCUGGCUUCUUCGUCUACUUCGUGAUAAUGGCUGAAAAUGGUUUCCUUCCGACGACACUCUUCGGCAUCCGGAAAAUGUGGGACUCCAAGGCCGUCAAUGAUCUUAAAGAUAGCUACGGCCAAGAAUGGACCUACAGAGAUCGCAAGACGCUCGAGUUCACCUGCCACACAGCAUUCUUCGUGUCCAUCGUCAUCGUCCAGUGGGCCGAUUUGAUCGUCUGCAAGACACGUCGUAAUUCCAUCAUCCAUCAGGGAAUGAGAAAUUGGGCUCUCAAUUUCGGGCUGAUAUUCGAAACAGCCUUAGCCGCGUUCCUGAGCUACACACCCGGCAUGGACAAAGGUCUCCGCAUGUUCCCCCUGAAAUUCGUCUGGUGGUUGCCAGCCCUGCCAUUCAUGCUCGCCAUCUUCAUCUACGACGAGACGAGACGAUUCUACCUGCGCCGAAAUCCCGGCGGCUGGUUGGAGCAAGAAACUUACUACUAAGCGCGUCGCCACGAGGAGAGAGACACAUACGCAUUGCCCGCGCAGCAGAGACAACACCACACCCCCUUUAAGAAAAUAAGAGCGAGAGCGCGAGUAAACGGAGAAAAUGAAAACGAUGGAAAAAAAAAAAAAGAGAAAACGACAGGAGAAAAAAGGAAAACAAAAAUGAUAUAAUAAUUAAUUACGUCACACUCUCUCUCACAUAUGUACACAACCUGUAUGCGGGGUACGGGUGCGGGCGGGUACACGUACGCGUAUACGUAUGUAGAGACACUUACAGAUUUUACACGGGGCGUGCUAACUGGGUUCUAAUCGUACUGCUCCACCUUGGGAGGCUCGAGGACAAUUAUUAGCCGAGUCGCUUUUGGCUUUAGGUUGCUUGCAUCGAAGGUUCACGCGUCGCCGCCAUUCUAGAGCGGCUACCAGAGUGAGAGAACCUGGCUGGGUUUUGUGCAGGGGGUAAGCUAGGUUAAGCUGGCGAAGGAACGGCGGAUGCUGUUGAGAUUAUAUUUAAGAUCAGGAUCACAGUGUGAGAGUGAGAGGGGGAGGUGAGGGAGUUGGUCGAUUAAUGGAGGGAGAGAGAGAGAGAGAGAGAGAGAGAGAGAGAGAGAGAGAGAGAGAGGAGGGUCCCUUGACUCUUCGCCAAGAUUGUGUAUUAACGCGCGCGCGGUACGAUCAGGCCGGUCGACGAGAGGAUCAUCCGGAGGAAGAGACUUCCGGACAGCGUUGGACAUCGGCCGAGGAACACGAGGAACGUGAAACUGGAAUAAACGAAAUGAAUGAUAAGAAUCGAUUGAUGCAUGGAGUACGAAUGAUAUGAAGGAGUAACCUUAUAAUAAUUUUGAUCUUGAGAGUG